AAGAACAAGGCACAGAGGCUUAACAGCCACACUUACAGUUGGGGGAGCCCUAUUCUCCCCAAACUCCAGACUGCUCAUCCUUUUUCCUGAUCUUCCCAGAUUCUCUUCACAUCAUCCUGAAUGAUCUUCGACUCUUCUCUCUCCCCAUGCCCAGCCAAGUUUCUUUUUUCAGUCCUUUACAGGAGGUCCGGUCAAAAUUCACUAGGUAGGAGGGUCGUCAGCUGGAAAAAGCCGGAGCCUGGGGGGACCUGGCCGCAUAGGUAUGGGGGAUCCAGGCUGGUCUCCCCAUGGCAGCCCCCCAACUCUAAGCACUCUCACCCUCCUGCUCCUUCUCUGUGGACAUGCUCACUCUCAAUGCAAGAUCCUCCGCUGCAAUGCUGAGUAUGUAUCAUCCACCCUGAGCCUUAGAGGUGGGGGCUCACCGGGAGCGCUUCGAGGAGGAGGAGGAGGAGGAGGAGGAAGGAGAGGGGGAGGAGGAGGAGGAGGAGCUGGAGGAGCUGGAGGAGCAGGAGGAGGGGCAGAAGCUGGGGGCCGGGGUGGAGCCGUGGGCUCCGGCGGCCUCUGCCGAGCCCUCCGCUCCUACGCUCUCUGCACCCGGCGCACCGCCCGCACCUGCCGCGGAGACCUGGCCUUCCAUUCGGCCGUGCACGGCAUCGAAGACCUGAUGAUUCAGCACAACUGCUCCCGCCAGGGCCCCACGGCCCCUCCCCCGCCCCGCGGCCCAGCCCUUCCGGGCUCCGGCCCUGUCCGCUCCUCUGGCCCCCCAGCCCCGGACCCCUGUGACUACGAAGGCCAGUUUUCCCGGCUGCACGGUCGUCCCCCAGGCUUCCUGCAUUGCGCCUCCUUCGGGGACCCCCACGUGCGCAGCUUCCACCACCACUUUCACACGUGCCGUGUCCAGGGAGCUUGGCCCCUGCUGGAUAAUGACUUCCUUUUUGUCCAGGCGACCAGCUCCCCCGUGGCAUCGGGGGCCAACGCCACCGCCACGCGGAAGCUCACCAUUAUAUUUAAGAACAUGCAGGAAUGCAUUGACCAGAAGGUCUACCAGGCUGAGGUGGACAAUCUUCCAGCAGCCUUUGAAGAUGGUUCUAUCAAUGGAGGCCACCGACCUGGGGGUUCAAGUUUGUCCAUUCGAACUGCUAACCCUGGGAAUCAUGUGGAGAUCCGAGCUGCCUAUAUUGGCACAACUAUAAUCAUUCGGCAAUCAGCCGGGCAGCUCUCCUUCUCCAUCAAGGUAGCGGAGGAUGUGGCCAGGGCCUUCUCAGCUGAGCAGGACCUGCAGCUCUGUGUCGGGGGGUGCCCCCCAAGUCAGCGACUCUCCCGCUCAGAUCGCAGUCGUCGGGGAGCUAUAAACAUUGAUACUGCUAAACAGCUGUGCAAGGAAGGGCUGCCAGUUGAAGAUGCUUACUUCCAUUCCUGUGUCUUUGAUGUUUUGAUCUCUGGUGACCCCAACUUCACUAUGGCAGCUCAGGCAGCUUUGGAGGAUGCCCGAGCUUUCCUGCCAGACUUAGAAAAACUGCACCUCUUCCCCUCAGAUGCUGGGGUUCCUCUUUCCUCAGGAACCCUCCUGGCUCCACUCAUGUCUGGGCUCUUUGUUCUGUGGCUUUGCAUUCAGUAACUAGGCCAGCAACCCUGUGGCUGGUGUAGAAAUGAUCAGGGGUUAGAGACAGAGAAGAACAUGAAGAAAUCAGUGAAGGGAACAUUAGGAACUAGAAGACACCUGAAAAGGAUGCCUGGGUGGCUCAGUGAUUGAGCGUCUGCCUUUGCCUUAGGGAAUGAUACCAGGAUCGAGUCCCACACAGGUCUUCCUGCAGGGAGCCUGCUUCUCCCUCUGCCUGUGUCUCUGCCUCUCUCUGUGUGUCUCUCAUGAAUACAUAAAGUCUUAAAAAAAAAAAAAGACAGCUGAAAUAAUGACAUUCAACCAGAGUCAGAUAAGGCUGCAGUCCAGGACUGAAACGAUCAGAGAACAAGGAUUCUGGGCAAACCUUUUGCAAUCUAGAUCUCUGUAAGUGCUCUUUGUCAAUUUUCUCAGGCCCAGUUAUAAUAAGCAAUUGUUCUAGUCUAGCUACUCCUGAAAUCACCCCAACAAACUUAGAAGCUUGAUGACCAGUAGAAAAUUUUUUCAAGAGGAAAGAGUUGAAAGAGGAAGACAUGAUCAUUUACCUAUGAGAGAUUAAAAAUGUAACGAUAUUUUCUCUUAGAAGAUGGAAAGAGGAGGAAAUGAUUAAGGAUGGAGUCUAUUUGACAAAUAAAAGUGGGUAAGAUGUGUUCUUUCUUGGUUCAGAAAUGAAAUAGGGGUUGUCUGGAUCUUAGGAGAAAGGAAACUCUGCCUUUGGAGAAUGGCACAGAUAGGAAAGAAGCUAGCAUUCCCACCCCUAACUAAUCUUUAUUAAAGCUAUGAAUUGGGAUGCCUGUGUGGCUCAGUAGUUAAAUGUCUGCCUUUGGCUCGGGGCGUGGUUCCGGGGUCCUGGGGUCAAGUCAUGCAUCAGGCUCCCUGCAUGAAGCCUGCUUCUCCCUCUGCCUGUGUCUCUGCCUCUUUCUCUGUGUCUCUCAUGAAUAAAUAGAUAAAAUCUUAAAAAAAAUAAAGCUAUGAAUUCUUCA